GUUUGGGCCACGUCGGGCGUUCUGACGUCAUCACAGAGCGCCGUGUUGUUUACGUCGGAGCCGAAUGAGGAGGAAAGUGAAUCAAGUGUCGGAUUAAAGGCAUUAAAGCGGCUCCACACAGGAUGAGUCAGGAUGAAGAGACCGAAGCUGGCCGCUGUCGUCCUCUUCCUGUGCUGCCUCCUCACCUACCUGAUGUUCAUCAAGCAUCACUUCUCCACCUCCAAGCCCGGCACCCCCAGACCGCCCCCCCACCUCAGACCCAGUCCAGACCGCCGCCGGUACCAGUACGGCAUCAUGUUCGACGCCGGCAGCACGGGGACCAGAGUCCACAUCUUCAAGUUCCUGGUGGGGGACACAGGAGAUCCUCAGGAGCUGGACACGGAGACAUUCAGAGCCAUCAAACCUGGACUGUCCUCCUAUAGGGACGCUCCACACAAGUGUGCUGCUGGAAUCCUGGAGCUCCUGGACGUGGCCAAGUCCAGCAUCCCCCCGUCUUUCUGGACCAGAACCCCGGUGGUCCUGAAGGCCACGGCCGGUCUCCGUCUCCUGCCGGGACAGAAGGCCGAGCAGCUGCUGGACACCGUGAGGACGCUGUUCCAGGAGUCUCCAUUUCUGUCCAGAGAGGACAGCGUGUCCAUCAUGGACGGCACUGAUGAAGGUAUUUCUGCUUGGAUCACCGUCAACUUCCUCACUGGAGGUCUUCGUGGUGCUAACUCGCCCACUGUGGGGAUGCUGGACUUGGGUGGGGGGUCGACUCAGAUCACUUUCAGCCCACAGGAUGAGAUAACCAUCCAGACGUCGCCCAUCGAUGACAUCAGGUCAUUCCAGAUGUUCAACAACACACACACCGUCUACACUCACAGUUAUCUCGGUCUGGGUCUCAUGUCGGCUCGACUCGCCAUCCUUGGAGGCGUCGAAGCUCCUCCCCUAGGGGGCAGCACCGAGCUGCCAGUCAGCCCCUGCCUUGCUCCAGAGUACUCAGGCAGCUGGGAGCACGCAGACGUCAUCUACACCGUGAAGGGGCAGAAGGCCGGGGAGCCGCUUUACGAGGCGUGCCUCACCAAGGUGGAGAAGGUGGUGUCCAGGAAGGUCCUGAAGGCGUGGGAGGUGGCAGACAUGGACUUCUACGCCUUCUCCUACUACUACGACCGCGCAGUCGACCUGGGAGCCAUCGAGGAUCCGGCCGGAGGAACCAUCUCAGUGUCUGACUACAUGCAGGCAGCUAACAGAGUGUGCAGCAAUCCCCCCCAGAACCAGGACGAGGACCAAAACCAGAACCCCUUCCUCUGUCUGGACCUGGUCUACAUCUCAGUUCUGCUGCAGGAGCUCGGGUUCCCUCCCCACAAACAGUUCAAGUUGGCGAGGAAGAUCCACCGGGUGGAGACCAGCUGGGCUCUGGGAGCCACGUUCCACUACAUGGAGUCCCUGAAGGGACCCUGAUGGGGGUCUACGGUGAUACUGGAGGACCUGAAGAGACCCAGACUCCAGGGACCCUGAUGGGGGUCUACGGUGAUACUGGAGGACCCUGAAGAGACCCAGACUCCAGGGACCCUGAUGGGGGUCUACGUUGGUCCUGGAGGAGACUGGACUUUGAGUCUCCAGAACCAGGAUUAAAGUUCAGGGCUUUGUUUUAACCUAUUGUACUGAAGUGAAAUAAAAACUCUGGUAAAAGUAAAA